AUGCUCCGUCACUGGGAAGUCCUUUGCUCCCUAUACAGCACGGCCUCUGUGCAGUCAAACACAAGUAGAUCCGCUCCGCUGGACAUCGCAUGUGUCAAUGCUCGUGCUGCUGCUGCUGCUGCUGCUGCUGCUGCUGGCGCUGCCACUGCCGCCACUGCUGCUGCUGCCCCUGCUGCUGCCCCUGCUGUUGCCCCUGCUGCUGCCCCUGCUGCUGCCCCUACAGCUGCUGCUGCUGCUGCUGCUGCUGCUGCUGCUGCUGCUGCUGCUGCUGCUGCUGCUGCUGCUGCUGCUGCUGCUGCUGCUGCUGCUGCUGCUCCUGCUUCUGCUGCUGCCGCCCCUGCGGCUGCCCCUGCUGCUCCUGCUGAUCAAACAUAA